AUGUGCACACAGCAGAAGGUUCAAGCACUCAGCAUGCUCCAGAACUUAAGCAUCCUAUCACUCUUUGUGAUAUUAGGCACCGGCGCCAUUAUCAUUCUUCUGAGCUGGACUCUCGAGGCAUGCAUCAACGAAUGGCGCACAAAACGAAAAAAAGGAAAUUAUGAACGACUUCAGUGGAUCCUGGAUGGCAAAUUACAACUACAGCUUCCCCAAAACAUGCCACAAGACGCAAUUUCAACAGCGGGAAUUCCGUGGACCGAUUCAUCUCUGCAGCAACUUCUCUUCCAGCCUGCCGUUGAGAUGCAGUUUUUAGAGGAUGCUGUCAGAGAUACUUAUUCACAGGGACUCUAUCGGCAUGAUCUUAACUCCGGAGGUUGA